GGAGAAGAAUACUACUACUAUUACCCCACACACCAAAACUAGCAACACCCUUCUCUUCUCUUCACUUUUCUUUCUCUUUCUCUACAUAGUUUCUUUUUCACUCUCUUAUUCUUCUUUUCUAAGCAACAACAGCAACCUCAUUCCUCGGAUCCUAAGAAAAUGGGAACCAGAGUGUGGUGUUGUUUCGUGAUGUUCCUCUCUCUCAAUGCUCUUGCAAUAGCAUUGGAAGAUCACAACCUUAAAACGACGUCGAAGGAUGACAUCAAGUGCACUCCUUGCGGUCAAAUUCCCUCGCCGCCUCCACCUUCUCCGCCGCCGCCAGCUCCGACCACUACCUACUGCCCUCCGCCGCCAUCGCCUCCAAGCUCCGGCGGUGGUGGUGCUUACUAUUACUCCCCGCCGCCACCCUCUCAGUACACCUACUCCUCGCCGCCGCCGCCGGCGUCCACCAGCGGAGGCGGUGGCGGUGGCGCGUACUACUACCCACCGCCGAGAGGGUACUACCCAACGCCGCCUCCUCCCAACCCAAUUGUGCCCUAUUUCCCGUUUUACUACCAUACCCCUCCGCUGUCGUCCACGGCGGCGCCUCCGCCGGUGAAAGGCUCGUUGGUCUGUGCCAGUGCAAUUUCAUUGUUAACUCUUUUUAUUGCAUUUCUCUAAGAAAAAAGAAAGAGAGAAAAAGGAAAAUGGUGGGAAUAAGUGCACAAAUUAGCAGAUCUCGGGAAAGUGAAAGUGAGGUGAGUCCAAGCAAGGACAGUGAGCUUAUUUCCCAUUUUGCCCCUGAACUUGUUUCAAUUUCAAGCAUCAUAUGACAAGAAGAAUCACUUUUCUUAGUGGUAAUUUAAUGUAGGUUGAUCUGCAAUUUGUUGACAAUUUGUAAUUGUAUUUAGACUUUUGGUUUUGGUUAGUAUGAAAAAAUUUAAAAAUUGAAGAAUGUUCUAAUUAAUUUCCAUUUAUUUACUACUUUGUGAUGUAAAUUUUGGCCUAUGAGGUGAGUUUAUUUAUUGGGGGCAAUAAUUGUAGGUUGGGCUAGGCGGUGGCUAAAGAAAAUAAGUAGGGCACGUUGUGAAACAGGAAAUUGAAGGUGUUGGCAUGUGGUUGAUAAUGAUACUAAUGAUGGAUACGGUGACUGUUGGAAGAGUCACUCAGAAGAAUUUGCUUACAAUUCUUAGUUAGUUGAAUUCAAUGGUGUUCAUUAUAAGUCAAGUUCUUAGUUAAUUUAAUUCCAGAGAAGGGUCCAAUUAAGUCAA